CAUGUGGAGAAUCUGAAUUUCACAGUUUCUAGGGCAGCUGCUGCAUCUGCAAAUAAAUUUGGGAUUUACAUCUCAUAAGAAUUAAUGUCGAGCCAUCUCUACGGCUACGGCGCCGCACAAUCAGCUGCUGCUGCUGCCGCCGCCACUGCCGGCCUCUCCAGCGUCUACACCUCACGUGCCCUAACCGACCCGACCCUCCGGUACCUCUCCGGGUCGGACCCUUUCGCCUCCGCCACAGACCACCAUAGCCGAAGUAGCUCUAUGUAUCUGGCGACGUCGCAUUUGAUGUCCCAGUCUUCAUGGCCAACUCCCGAUGUCGAGCCCGGUGUUCCCGGCGUCAAACGCCCAUCUGAAGCACUCUACCAUCAGAGUUUUAUGGGUACGUAUAAUACGAUUGGGCAAGAAGCUUGGUAUUCUGCAUUAGCCAAGCGCCCUAGAUAUGAGAGUGCAAGCAAUUUGCCUAUUUAUCCACAGAGGCCAGGAGAGAAGGAUUGUGCCCACUAUAUGCUCACAAGAACCUGUAAAUUUGGAGAGCUCUGCAAGUUUGACCAUCCUAUUUGGGUUCCUGAGGGUGGAAUUCCAGAUUGGAAAGAGGUUCCACUUGUCGCUCCAAGUGAAUCCCUUCCUGAGAGACCUGGAGAGCCAGAUUGUCCAUACUUUAUAAAGACUCAAAGAUGCAAAUUUGGUAUGAGGUGCAAGUUCAAUCAUCCGAAGGAAAAACUGGCUGCUGCUGUUGCUUCAGAAAAUGCUGAUGCUUUUGCCUUACCUGAGAGGCCUUCUGAGCCCCCAUGUGCAUUCUACAUGAAAACGGGGCAAUGUAAGUUUGGUGCAACCUGCAAAUUUCAUCACCCAAAAGAUAUCCAGAUACCAUCAGCCGAGCAAGAGAAUAAAAUUGGAGAAACUGGGACAACUAUUCAGCCGGAGGGAACUGGAUUUGCUGUGAAGCUUCCUGUUUCAUUCAGCCCUGCACUAUUAUAUAACUCCAAGGAGCUUCCUGUAAGACCGGGUGAACCCGAUUGUCCAUUCUACCUGAAAACUGGAAGUUGCAAAUAUGGGGCCACUUGCCGCUACAAUCAUCCUGAUAGAUAUGAUUUUUGUGCAGCAAUCAAUCCACCAAUUGGUGCAAUCAGCCAUCCCAUUGUAGCCCCUCCGGCAGCAGGUCUGAACAUAGGAGUUAUUAAUCCAGCUGCCUCCAUUUAUCAAACUUUGGCUCAGCCAACGGUGGGAGGGGGCCAAACUGUGUAUCCUCAACGCUUUGGACAGAUUGAAUGCGAUUACUAUAUGAAGACAGGGGAAUGUAGGUUUGGCGAACAAUGCAAAUACCAUCACCCAAUUGAUAGGUCAGCAGUGGCGCUGUCAACAACAAAACCAGUUCAACAACAAAAUGUUAAGCUAACUCUUGCUGGACUACCUAGGAGAGAGGGUGUUGCUAUCUGUGUGUAUUACCUGAAAACUGGCACAUGCAAGUAUGGUGCAACCUGCAAAUUUGACCACCCACCUCCUGGCGAGGUUAUGGGCAUGGCAGCAUCAGAAGGUGCAUCCGGAGGGGAAGCAAAAGUAGACGAGUUCACACAGGAACAGCAGCAGUGAGGUCCCUAGCAUGAAGAACUUUGGGAGUUAUUUUGUUGAUCUCUGUUGCCAUGCCCUGUUUCACAUUAUGCUUCUCGAGCCAUUGUUGGCACAGUACUUGUAUGAGUUGUCUAAUUAGCUAUUCUUUGUGUUCUGUUUUGCUUGUACGGUGCAAGUCUUUACCGAUUGAAUAACCGAAGCGUUUUUCGGUCUUCAGUAAUUUUAGCCUGUCUCUGCAAUACUGUCUUGAGUUUCUAAAUGAUAAGUUUCUACGCUCUGGUGAAGUUUGUUCA